AUGCAGAUGAAGAACACCCCUUUGUACAGAACAACUCCCUUGGGGGUCAUGGCUGACCCUUGUUAUCGCAAAGCACCCUCUAAGGUGGUUUCCAUUCCUGUUCACUUCGUGGGCUCUGAGCGCACCAGAACGAAUUCUGAUUCCGCCACAAAGAUCCAGAGGGUGCUGAGAGGAUUUCUCGUGAGGAGCACCUUGAGGAAAAUCGCUGCCAUGAGGGUGGAGUUGGAGCGGAUUGAGAGCGAGGUAAGGGUGGAAGUGAUGAAAUUGAAGAGGGAACAAAGGGAGAGGGUGAGGGUGAGCGAGACCAUCAUGAACUUGCUUCUCAAGUUGGAUUCUGUUAGUGUGUUGCACUACUCUGGCCUCAGAGAGUGCAGAAAGUCUCUCAUCAACAAAGCUAUUGCCCUUCAAGAAAUGCUGGAUCAAAUGGCAGUCCCUAAUUCUGAUGAGUGUGUGGGAGAAGAGAAUUAUUUGGUGAAGGAAGAGGAAGGUAAUGGAAUAGAAACUUUGAGGAAUGGGGAGGUAGAAAAGGAGAAGGAUAUGUGCAUGGAAGAAGAAAACAUAGGGUUGGGAACAAGUUUUGUUGUGGAAAAGGAGGGUGAAAUUAAAUGUGAGGAGCAAGAAGAAGGUGAGGAAAUUGAAGCUUUGAAUAAUGAAGACGUGGAAGAGGAGGAUAGUGAGGGAGGAAGGGGAUUUGUUGGGGAGAAUUGUUUGGUGAAAGAGGAGGAGGGGGAUUGUGAAAGAGAGGAAGGAGAUGGGAAGAAGGACUUGUUGGAGAAGAUGGUGGAGGACAACCAGAAGAUGAUGGAGAUGAUGGCACAACUGUUUCAGAGGAAUGAGAUGCAGACUACACUUCUUACCUCUCUCACACAAAGGGUGGAGCAGCUUGAGAGAGCCUUGGCUUGUGAGAGGUUGAGGAGGAAGAAAAACAGAAAGGAUGGUUCCAAAAAAAAGCAAAAUCAUCCUAAGAAUGGCUUCAUCUGA